AAAAAAGAAGAAAUUUGCUUUCAGAUAGUCAGGAACAUCAAGACUUAAUUAAAGAGCAGGAAAGCAUGGAGAAAGGUCUUGAAGAAAAAAGUAGGACAAUUGAGAAAUUAUCUGAAAGUAGAGAAAAACUUAAAAAGCGAGACUACAUUGGGUCUCAAAAUUUUCAAGGGUGGAUCAAAAAAGGCAAGCAAGAUUUAGAAAGGAAAAAAAAUGAGUUAGAAAGAAAUGCUGAGUUAAGAGAAUUAGAGAAAGAAGGAACAAAAAGAGGAUUUGAUUACUUUAAAGAAAAAAUAGAAUCUCUUUUGGAAAGUCAAGUUAAAAUAACUCGGUAUAAGGACGUUUUGCUAAAGGAGAAGAAUAAAGAUCUCCUUGCUGAGUUGUCUGAGUUUUUCGAUGCUGACAAGUUAAAUGAUCUUUGCGACUUACAAAAUGAAAUCACUAAAAAUAAACCGCUAAACUUAGAAGAAUUACCACUUAAACUUUAUGAUACCACUGGUAACAUUGAUGAAAGCGAACCUGGGGGUACCCUGAGUUCUGGAGGAAAAAAGUCUUUGCUGAAAGCAGUUGAG